AUGUCCUUCUUCUCUGAAAAUGAGACAAGUUUUCAUAACACUAUCCUGGCAUUUCCCAAUGUAUCCAAUUUAGUACUUCACAACACGACGUCAGAGGAUCCCAUCAUUUGCACGUGGAACCUUCCAGCAAUUGAGUGGUUUAAAGUCGCAAUGUCAACGUUUGGUUUUCUUGGAAACGGAUUCACAUUUCUCGUUAUUGUUUUGAAGAAGGCUUUACACAGCAAAACGUUUGCGGUAAUAUCUGCCAUUGCCCUUUCGGACUGCCUCUACUGUCUAAGCAUGAUACUAUGGGCAUUUUUCUAUUAUGCUUACAUGGAUGCAAACGACUAUCGCACCAUUCGGGAAUGUAUACGUUUAUUUAAGUACAUUAAGACAUAUCUGUCUGUGAUUAUGUCAGCAGCAUACAUUGCCUCUGGAUUUUUCCUCGCUGUGCUGUCAGUUGUUCGCUACAUCAUCAUUUCCUAUCCACUAAAAUCCAACAUUCUACUCACAAGAAGACGCGUCAUCCUCACGAUUGUUGCAGUAUACGUUAUUUCGCUUGGUAUAGGAGUCUUCAAAACCUUAAAAAUCAAUCUGGAAGGGAAAGUGACCAAACCCCUGGACCUCAUUGUUUCGUAUCUUGUUCCUCUUAGUGUCAUGGUAGCAUUUCACACUUUAAAGCUAAGAACUCUCAAAAGGAAUACAUUCCAAACGACUAGCUCAUCAGUACGCAAGAUGGAGAUGGUGGUCGUCAUGGUAUUAUUGGCAUUCUUUCUCCUCUUGUUACCAUGGCACGUGUUGGCGAUGCUGUAUGCGUAUGGCCUCUAUUCUCCUAAUUAUGUGGUUAUGACGGUAAGCUCUAUUCUGUUCCAGUUAAACAACUGUAUCAACCCCGUGUUCUACGCAUUCCUGUCACCGCGAGUCAGACAAUAUCUAUGUUUUUGCUGCGUAGUGAGAAGACCAAAUAUCAGAAACCAAACAGCAACGGAGUCUUCUUCUUUACCAAACACUUCAAGUUGCUCGUCUAUUCAAACAUCAAAUUUCAGUUCAUUCCAGCCGAAAACAUAA